GUACUAACUACUAAUAAAGCGAAGAGUAUUUAGAAUACAAUCGUAGCUAUAGAUCAGCGCAAACAAGGUCGCUCUCGUCGCUCUUCCUCUGUCUCUCUCGCAUCCUCGAUCGUCUAUCGCCAGCGAGCUUUUAGGAUUAGUUAAAUCUCCAGAUUGAAGAACUACUUAUUCCUCGUUUAGAAGCAAACGCAUGAAAAUAAUCAGCGUCAUUUAUCUUGCCGAAUCAGCUAAAUGUCAGUCUGAUGUAAGGGAACAAUGCGUAGUUCUUGCUGGCUGUUGUGCGAGCGACCAAUUAGUGUGUAAUUACAGAUACAUAUCGGAAUAGGUUAAUGGCAACUUGGAGUUAAAAAUGAUAUCCGAUAUGAAUCCUACCAGCAGAGGAUUGUUAAAUCAACAAGAGAUAGUGGAGGAAUAUAUUUCAUCUCUGGAGGAUCUCAAAGCUAACAGCAAACCUCACAUAAACUUUUUAACAUUGUUAGCUGAAGAUAACAUGAUUUAUGCACCUGCCAUCGUUCAAGCAGUAGAAGCCCAUUUAAAAAAGGUUCAAAGCGAUGUGAAGCUUCCUGUUCUUUAUCUCAUUGAUUCCAUCAUGAAGAAUGUGAAGAAAUCUUAUGUCAACCUUUUUUCACAAAACAUUGAGAAUCUAUUUUGUGAUGUAUUUCGAAAGGUGGACGAUAACACAAGACAAAAAAUGUAUAAAUUAAGACAAACAUGGAAAGAAAUUUUUCCUGCUAGUAAAUUACAUUCUUUGGAUGUGAAAGUGCAAAACAUUGAUCGAAACUGGCCAGUUAUAGACUUGCAUCAAAAUGCUACUGCAGCAAAAUCUAUUAUCCAUGUAAAUCCAAAAUUUCUCUCACGGCAACAAAAGCCACUACAACCUGUUGUACAAAAUAAAACAGCUGAAUCUGAUGCUAAUGCUAUGACUGAAGAGCAAAUGAGAGAAGAACUCUUAAAAAAGCAAGAAGAACUUAAUAAUUUGAAGAGGCAAAAGAUAAAAUUAGCAAUGCUACAGCAGCAGCAAAUGAAAAGUGAAAAAUUAGAAGCUCAAAUAAAGCCUGAAUUGAUGAUGGUCGAUGACAGUCUGGAGUCGACUACUGUGCCUUCAGACGCCUUUGGAUCUUCGGAAAAGGCGGAAGCGUCGCCAACUCCUAGCGAAAAUGAGAAUCAAAUGACUUUGACGGACGAUACAUUGGAACGCGAUUUGAUGGCGAUACAAAAUGGAGGCAAGUUUGGCGACGAAGUGCCGGACAAGCCGGCAUCGACAUUAACAGUAGCAACAGCAACUGUAGUGCCGGUUAUGCCGGAACAACAUCAGAAAACAUCCGAACCUUUUGAAAGCUCAGAGCUUGUCGACGAGAGCUCGUUAGUUAAUGCUAGUUCGGUGAAAAGUCGCGACGAAAUUCUCGAUUUAGAGAUGGAAUUAUCACUAAUUAUAAACGACAAUAAAGUCCAUGAUAAUGAGCGUAGCCAAAGAUCUAGUAGUAGUAGCCAAAAAACAAACAAGCCUCCAGAUGAGGCGCGGUCGAAGAAUUCUUCGGAGCGCUCGCCGAGCAAGAGUUCUUCGGCUCGCGCCUCUUCCUCCUCUUCGUCGAAGAAGCAGCAGCAGCACCAGCAGCAGCACCAGCAGCAACACCAGCAGCAGCAGCACCAGCAGCAGCAGCAGCAGCAGCAACACCACCACCAGCAGCAGCACCAGCAACAUCAGCAGCACCAGCAGCAUCAGCAGCAGCAGCAGCAGCACCAGCAGCAGCACCAGCACCAGCAGCAGCAACAGCAACAGCAACAGUCAGAAUCGAUACCAACGUCGUCGUCAUCGCGUACCUCUCGCAGUAAAUCCUCGUCCUCGUCCUCCCGCCGCAAAAAAUCGUCCAAGUCGUCGUCGCGCAAGCGUAGCCGGAGUCCCCAUCACCAUUCCUCUCAUCACCACCAUCGCGGGCGUCGCCACCACCGUCAUCACGCGCCACGCCACCGCGAGCGUCAUCACACGACGCCACCCAAGCUUGGCCUUGACGAGGAAGAGCAGCUCGGCGGAUCGCUCAUCGUCUCACCACCUCAACCUCAGGCCAAUGUUAAACCUAAUCAAUCGACUCAGCAGCAGCAACAGCAGCAGCAAUCGUCACGCAGAAGCAGUCUCGGGGGUGCCGGCGGCGGGGCUCGAGGGGUCACUAGGAGUCGCAAAGAGAAGAGUAAGAGCUGCAGUCCAAACCCAGCCAGUGAGAAUCGCAGUAAGAGCCUCCGGCGAGAUAGUGCCAAUAACCGGGACGAGGAUCUGAGGGCCGCGCUGACCGCCUCGACGCCGAGCUGCAUCACCAGUGCCACCAAACUCGACCCCAAAGAAGAUUUAGAUCUGCGCGUUCUCCCUAUACCAGCUAAUAAGAGAGCCUCAUCCGAACGCAUAUUGUCGCCUUCGAUCAAGAAGAGCAAAAACGACGAUUUUGAUGUGCUUUUUGGUAAGGAGGACGUUGAUUUGCGAAUCUUAAAUCCACCACCAAAAUCUUUGACGCAACCGCCAACACCUCCGCCGCCGGUCAUAUCCGACACCAAAGACGGCUGGGCAAAAUUCAAAACCCCAUCGAAAUCCGACUCGUCCCGCUCCGAUUCUCGAAAUUCUGAGAGAUCCACGUCCGAGCGCAGCGGUCGCGUAAGACCAAGUCGCAAUAAGUUCUACAACAAACAGUCAUCGGAAUCGAGCGAGCAGAAAGAUCGUAGGCGCAGCGGUAACAGGGAUUACGAUCGCAAUCCUGACCGGAACAUCGAAAUCAUUAUGAAACAGGCUGCCGAACAAUUGAAUCAGGGCACAAUCACUAAAUCGCAGUACAAUAAGCUGAUACAGGAAGUAUUUCAUAUGAGCGAGGACCAGAAACUUCGUGCUGCCCAGAGAAAGGAACGAGAAAGUAAAAUCUGGGACAGAGGCGACAAGGGUUUGAGGAGCAAAGAUCAUGGCAUGCAUCCGCGAAUACCAGGUCCACGCUGGCAGCAACUGUGGCAUCAACCCUGGGCUCAUCCGCCCGGGCCUUUCCAAGGACCCUUUCGUCCGGAAUUUCGACCGAUUGCACCCUGGCAAAACCACCCGCGGAUGUUUGGCAGCCCAGUCAGACCUGAUUUUCAUCAGUUCCACGCUGGUUGCUUCAGUCCUCGUGUAGGCCAUCCACCGAUUGGUCCGAACGGACCAAUGAUGUUACCGAACGGACCAAUGAAUCCCAUGUCUGGUGGAAUGAAUCCGCUGAAGGGUCCGAUAGGGCCAGGUCACAUGUCGCCAAACAUAAUGAUGUCCAAUGCAGGACCUUCUCUCUCUAAGAGGCUUAGUUCUGGUGAUAGUGGCAGCCCCGAUAAUUCAAUCUGGUCUAACUCAUCAUUCAACGAUGGAAAGUCGGACGCUGAAGUUUCAUCCAGUUCUAACGACGACCUACCACCGGUGGACCUAAAGUUACUCGAAGAGAUAUCAAAAGAUACUAUGAGAUCCAUCAAUAUCGACAACAUACCUAGGGAGAUCAGGUACUAUGAAGAUACAGGAGUGAUAUUCAUGCAUUGGGAUGAUCCGCGAGACAUUGGUUUUCAAAACGGCGCCAGACGGGUUUACAUUGACGGUAAAGAAGCCGUUGUAUGUUCUUUUAAUGACGAUUACAGAGAGUUUACUUACGAUGGAGAGAUUCAUAAGAUAAAACUUGGUGCGCCUACUCGAGAAUUAUUUAUAGACGGAAAGUGGUAUCAGUGUUACUUUGGCGGACAACCAGUAACGGUCGAUUUUGGGACCAAAAAAGUUAGCGUCAAAUUGGAAGGGCCUCCUCCGCAAGUCAAAGUUGGAAACGUGAAAAGGACUGACCUGGUCCUAGGAAAGAUUAAUGUAAUUAUCAACGCCCGAAGUAUGGUACCUGUAUUUCUUGAUGCCAAACCACAAAUGUUUAAUAUUGAAGGAAAACCAUGCACCAUUGAAUUUAUGGAUGCCUUAUUGACGGUUCUCUUGAAUGGAAGACCGUUCGACGUUGAAUUUGGUGGUUUGCCUAUGCCAGUUAUGAUUUAUGGGAAGAAACACUUUAUUAGAUUUUCGGUACUGCCUCGCGGAUUCCGUGCUGGAUAUGUGAAUAUUACGAAUAUGAAAGGGGAAAAGUCAAAAGAAUCACCACCAGACAAUCUUAAAAAAGAUCAAAUGGAAGUUAGUUCGACUACGUCUGCAAUUAUAUCUUCAUCAGUGGAGCCUGAUUCUACUUCUCAAGAUGCUAUGGAAAUAUCUUACAACGUUAAAUCAGACCUUCAAUUAGAUGUACUCUCUUCCGUCGUACCUUCUGCAAUGGCACCAUCUUCUGGCUUGUCGUAUCAAGCGGAGCCAGUCGAGAAUCUGGCGGCUUCUGCGUCUUUCACUUUACCAUUAAAUUUGAAUGAGUUAUUCCAAAGAUUAGUGGAAACGGGCAUAGUUACAAAUUUAGGAGAGGUGAAGAAAGAAAAAGAAGAGGAAGAGAAGAAAGAGCCAGAAGUUACUUCAGCCUCAUUUGAUAAGCCAGAGACAUUAAAAAUAAAACAACCAGUGAUGGUUACCGCACUGUAUAGUGGAAUACAAUGUAGUUCUUGCGGUGCGAGAUUUGCACCAGAAAUGGCUACUCGAUACAGUCAUCAUUUAGACUGGCAUUUUAGACAGAAUCGCAAAGAGCGAGACUCAUCUAGAAAAGCACAUUCAAGACUUUGGUAUUAUGAUGUUAGUGACUGGAUUCAAUUCGAAGAAAUCGAAGAUCUUGAAGAUAGAGCGCAAAGCUGGUUCGAAACUGAAAAGCAAACAAUAGAAACGGAAAAUGCGGCAGCAGAAGAACUGUUUGCCGAGACAAUGCAGCCAAGCGUGCCAACAGGUUCGGACGAGGAUGCUUUCUGUCAAGUAUGUCAUGAAGCUUUUGAACAAUUUUAUAAUGAUGAAAAAGAAGAAUGGCACUUGAGACCGACUAUCAGUUUUGACGAUAAAAAUUUUCAUCCUGUAUGCUUGGAAGAUCAUAAGGAAAAAAUAUAUGCGAGACUCACAGAAGCAACUACUAAGUUGGUCGACGUAUCCGAAGUUCUAGACGAGAAUAAAGAAAAUAAUACUGAUUCUGUAAGUGUUGAAAAUAAAGAGCCUCUAUCAGAAAGCCAUGAAAGUGAACAAGAAAAGUUACAUGAAAUAGAUACUUCAGAAUCUUUGAAUGAGUCGGAAGCAGUUUUAAUGGAGUCGCCAGCUGUAGAUUCUUCUCAAAUCGAAGAAAGUGCACCUGAAACACCUGUUGAGCAAGAAGAAACAAAAACAGAAGUAUUUAAUGAAGAGUCUAAAAACAGUUUAGAAAUACUUGAAAACGAUGAUAUAAAAACUGAAGAACCAGAUUUAAAAUCUGGUUUUGUUGAAGAUAUGCAGGUAGAUGUGGAAGUAAACAAUGAAUUAACGGUUUGCGAAGAAACCGAAGAUGUCGAAUUAGAACCAGAACCAGAAGAAUGCCCGGCAGAAUCUUCGAUCGUUGAUUCUACGCAGGUGGAAGUCAAAAGUACAAUUGAUGGAAACGUAGAACUUGAAACUAGUUUACCGUCGAUUCCAUCGGCCCAGUCGAAAAUUAUUAUAAAUAUAACAAAGCCUCUAAAUUCUCCUAAAGAAUCUACCGAGGUUAAGGAAGAAAAAGUUAGUGCUGAAGAGGAACUAGAACCAGAACCUGAACCUUUACAGCCAGCAUCGAUAAAACCUGGUCUGCAAGACAGGAAUUUAUCAGUUUUACCGCCAAUACAAAAAGGCGAAGAACUUUCAGGACUAUGUUUAAUUAUGUAAAGUAGAUUAUAUAAAAUAAAUAAAUAGUGUACAUAUUUAUUUUGAUGAAACAUGCACGAACGCAUUCAAGUUAUAAUGCAAGAGAAUGAAAUUUUUUGUAUUGUUUAGUGAUCAAGUGUGGUUUUUUGUGUGUUCGUGAAAAUAUUAUAUGCGAUAGUAAUUUAAAAAUACUUGUAAAUAUUUUCCAAGUACUGUGAUGUUUUGUAAAUACCACCCAAUGUUUACAACUGCGAUUUCACUUUAUUGUACGAAAAAAUAUCAGUAUAAGCUUUAUUUUUUUACUACAAAAAAGUUUUUGUUAAAACCCUUAUCCCACUUUAUUAUUCAUUCAGUUAUUGCAAUAAAUUAUUUUUUAUGAAUCUUAUCAAUCGCAGCUUAGUAUGAACUUAUAUUACAACUUUAUAUUUUUCCCAUGUUACUUUGAAUUUAAUUUUUCAA